AUGGCGGACUACAACUAUGGAGGCUCUGAGGAGGAGAAUGCGGAGUUGAAGAAGCUCGAGACUGAGUUGCUCGAUGACCCGGAUAACUUCGAAACCUGGGAGAAACUGGUUCGCGCUGGCGAAGCGCUCGAGGGCGGAAUCAACCGCAACUCCAACCCCCAAGCCAUCACCACCGUGCGCAAUGUUUACGACCGCUUCUUGGCCAAGUUCCCGCUGUUGUUCGGUUACUGGAAGAAAUAUGCCGACCUGGAGUUUUCCAUCACCGGCACUGAGGCUGCGGACAUGGUGUAUGAACGCGGUGUCGCUAGCAUCUCGCCCUCGGUCGACCUGUGGACCAACUACUGCUCCUUCAAGGCCGAGACCUCCCAUGACGCUGAUGUGAUCCGAGAGCUCUUCGAGCGUGGCGCAACCAGCGUUGGGCUGGAUUUCCUGGCCCACCCUUUCUGGGACAAGUACAUCGAGUUCGAGGAGCGCCUGGAGGCUUUUGAUAAGAUUUUUGCUAUCCUGGGCCGGGUGAUUCACAUCCCCAUGCAUCAGUACGCUCGGUAUUUCGAGAGGUACAGGCAGUUGGCCCAGACUCGCCCUGUGGUGGAGUUGGCGUCUCCGGAGACUUUGACCCAGUUCCGUGCGGAGCUUGAUGCUGCUGCCGGGCAUGUGGCCCCCGGCGCGAAGGCAGAGGCAGAGGUUGAACGAGAUCUGCGGUUACGCGUAGACAGCUACCAUUUGGAGAUCUUCUCCAAGACCCAGACUGAGACCACGAAACGUUGGACAUACGAGUCGGAGAUCAAGCGCCCGUACUUCCACGUUACCGAACUCGAUGAGGGCCAGCUGAACAACUGGAAGAAAUACCUCGAUUUCGAAGAAUCUGAGGGCUCCUACUUGCGAACCCAAUUCUUGUACGAGAGAUGCUUGGUGACGUGCGCUCACUACGAUGAGUUCUGGCAGCGUUACGCUAGGUGGAUGGCCGGUCAACCUGGCAAGGAAGAAGAAGUGCGCAAUAUCUACCAGCGCGCCAGCUGCCUGUACGUGCCGAUCGCCAACCCAGCCACCCGUCUUCAAUAUGCCUACUUCGAAGAGAUGAGUGGCCGGGUGGAUGUUGCCAAGGAGAUCCACGACGCCAUUCUCAUCAACCUGCCCAACCACAUCGAAACGAUAGUGUCUCUGGCCAACAUGUCUCGCCGUCACGGCGGACUCGAGGCUGCCAUCGAAGUGUACAAGAGCCAGUUGGAUUCGCCACAGUCAGACUUGGCUACGAAGGCGGCACUGGUUGCAGAAUGGGCUCGCCUGUUGUGGAAGAUCAAGGGCUCUGCCGAGGACGCCCGUCAGGUCUUCCAGACCAACCAGCAGUACUACAUGGACAGCCGGCCCUUCUGGACCAGCUACCUGAACUUCGAGCUCGACCAGCCCACGAGCUCGUCUACAGAGAAUGUCCAGUAUGAGCGCAUCAAGCAGGUCAUCGAGGACAUUCGGUCCAAGAGUACCCUUCCCGCCGAUGUGGUGCGGGAGCUUGUUCAAAUUUACAUGGUCUACCUCCUUGAACGUGGUACCAAGGAUGCUGCAAAGGAGUACAUGACCCUGGACCGCGAAGUGCACGGACCGGCAUCCGUGUCGAAGAUGAAGGCCGCGGAAGCGGUGCAGCUGCCCCCAGCUCAGCCGGUUCCUUCGGCGACGCCUGUGGCGGAAGUUGUGGUCCCGACACCCCCACAAGCUAACCCUUAUGCCUACUAUCAGCAGACACCGGUCAACGGUGGCAUCUUUCAGCGAAUGGCGUGUUGA